GCUUCCUGGCGGUCUUUGUUCCCGUCUGAGGGUCUCCCGGAGCUGUAGGAGCCCAGAAAAGAGCCGUCGGGCUGUAAGGCCGCCCUCCGGGGCCUCAGGCGGCUUUGUCAGUCUCCUCCGGUCCGCUGGGCCUCAGGCAGCCCGGGCCCCGGGGCGGCCGAGGCCGAGGCCCCUCCUCUCCCUGGCGCUGCGCCCGCCCCCCGCGCGUCGCUCCGCCUCGCUCCUCCUUCCCGGAGAAGGCCAUGGGCCCCGGGAUCCCCGCGGCCGGCUUCCAGGAAUCAGUGACCUUCAAGGAUGUGGCUGUGGAAUUCACCUGGGAGGAGUGGAGACAACUGGAUUCUACUCAGAGAACCUUAUUCAAGGAGGUGAUGCUGGAGAACUAUGGGAACCUUGUUUCUUUGGGGCUUGCAGUUACCAAGCCAGAUGUUAUCUUCCAGCUGGAGAGAGGAGAAGUGCCGUGGAUGCUUGAGAUUGAAGUCCCAAGAAGUGCCCCUGCAGAGUGCCUUAAUCUGGAGUCUGGGUGGGAAACAACAGAGACUAUUUCAAUCCAAGACAUUUCUCUAGGGAAGUUAUUUAAGAAAACAAUCAAGGAUGGACCAUGGGAUUCUGUGUUAGAAGAAGCUUGGGAAUGUGCUUUUGGAUUGGAGCAACAGAAAGCCAACUAUGAAAAGCAAUCCCAGCAAGUGACAAUCCCUCAUAGAAAAACUUCUGAUUUUUAUGUCAACGAAUGUAAUACGUUGGGAACAGGCUUCAAUCUGAGGUCAGUCCUGAUUCCACAGCAUCAAGAUCAUAGAGGGGAAAAUAUUUAUAAAUGUGAUACACAUGGAAUGAACUUCAAGCAGUGUUCAGAAAAAUGUAAGCAUAAUAGCAUUUUUUCUGAGACACUUUGCAAAUAUAAAUACAGGAAUUCAGACAGUUGUGAUUCAGAUCUUACUCAAAAUGACAGAAAAUACACUGAAAAAAAAUCAUAUGAAGGUGGGAAAGUAUUGAAGAGUGAUGCCUCCAUUACAAAUCAUCAGAUAAUCCCAGCUACACAGAAAUCUUUUCAGUAUAAUGCAUGUGGGAAAGACUCUAGCUGCAAAUCUCUUCUAUAUCAAGAACUUCAUACUGAAGUGGAACCCUUUGCAUGUAAGGAAUGGGAAAAGUCCUUUAGCUGGCAUGGUCAACUUACUGAACAUAAAAGAAUUCAUACUGGAGAAAAACCUUUUGAAUGUAAUAAAUGUGGGAAAUCCUUUAGCUGGAGGGGACAUCUUGCUCUACAUAAGAGAAUUCAUGCUGGAGAGAAACUUUUUGCAUGCACUGAAUGUGGGAAAUCCUUUAAUCAGCAUGGAAAACUUAAUGAACACAAGAGAAUUCAUACUGGAGAGAAACCCUUCCCAUGCAAUGAAUGUGGGAAAUCCUUUAAUCGACGGAAAGCACUCAUUAUCCAUAGGAGAAUUCAUACUGGAGAGAAACCCUUUGGUUGUAGUGAGUGUGGGAAAUUCUUCAAUCAGAGGGGACAUCUUACUGGGCAUAAGAAAAUUCAUACUGGAGAAAAACCUUUUGAAUGUAAUGAAUGUGGGAAGUUCUUUAGGCGAAGACGACACCUUACUAGACAUAUGGUUAUUCAUACAGGAGAGAAACCCUUUGAAUGUAAUGAAUGUGGGAAAGCCUUUAAUGAAUGUGGAAAGCUUACUGAACAUAAGAGAAUUCACACAGGAGAGAAGCCCUUUGAGUGUACUGAAUGUGGGAAAUCCUUUAAUUCAAAUGGACAACUUACUACACACAGGAGGAUUCAUACUGGAGAGAAACCUUUUGUGUGUAAUGAAUGUGGGAAAUCUUUUAGGUGGUGUCGCGAUCUUAAUGAACAUAAGAGAAUUCAUACUGGAGAGAAGCCCUUUCAGUGUAAUGAAUGUGGGAAGUCCUUUAAUCGUCGAAAAGCACUUAUUGUACAUAGGAGGAUUCAUACUGGAGAAAAGCCCUUUGAAUGUAGUGAAUGUGGAAAAUUCUUCAAUCAGCGUGGAAACCUUACCGAACAUAAGAGAAUUCAUACGGGAGAAAAACCUUUUGAAUGUAAUGAAUGUGGGAAAUCAUUUAACUGGAGAGGACAGCUUACUAUACAUAAAAGAAUUCAUACUGGAGAGAAACCCUUUGUAUGCAAUGAAUGUGGGAAAUCCUUUAAUCAAUGUGGAAAGCUUACUGAACACAAGAGAAUUCAUACUGGAGAGAAACCAUUUGAAUGUAAUGAAUGUGGAAAAUCCUUUAACUGGAGUGGACAACUUACUACCCACAAGAGAGUUCAUACUGGAGAGAAACCCUUUGAAUGUAAUGAAUGUGGGAAAUCUUUUAGCAGGAGUGCAUCCCUUACUAAACAUAAAAGAAUCCAUACUGGAGAGAAACCCUUUGAAUGUACUGAGUGUGGGAAAUUCUUUAAUUGUCAUGCACACCUUACUGAACAUAAGAGAAUUCAUACUGGAGAAAAACCCUUUGAAUGUAAUGAUUGUGGGAUCUCCUUUAGGUGGAGAGGACAACUUACUAGACAUAAGAGAAUUCAUACUGGAGAAAAACCCUUUGAAUGCAAUGAAUGUGGAAAAUUCUUUAAUCAGCGUGGAAACCUUACUGAACAUGAGAGAAUUCACACUGGAGAGAAACCCUUUGAAUGCAGUGAAUGUGGAAAAUCCUUUAAACAACGUGGAAACCUUACAGACCAUAAGAGAAUCCAUACUGGAGAGAAACCCUUUGAAUGUAAUCAGUGUGGCAAAUCCUUUAAUCGCCGUGGAAAGCUUACUGACCACAACAGAAUUCAUACUGGAGAGAAGCCUCUUUGACUGUAGUCAGUGUAGGGAUUCCUUUCCUUGUAGAGCAAUGCUUAGUGACAUGAGAGAAUUUAUGUUGCAGAGAAAUCCUUGAGUGUAAUAAAUGUGGACAAUCCUUUCACUGGAGAGGGUAGCUUACUAGCAUAAGAAAAUUUAUUUAAGAAAGAAACACUUUGAUUGCAGUGGAUGUAGAAAAUCCUUUAACCAAAGUGAACAGCUAUUAUACAUAAAAUUCACAUUGAAUUAAAUCACUUGGAAUGUUAAGAAUGCAGACUGUCCUUUAACUGGAACCACAUCUUACUGAGCAUGAGAAUUCAUGCUAGGGAGAAAGCUUUUGUGGAGUGCAGCAGAUUCAUUGACUUGUAAAUCACCUUAAAAUGGACAUAUCUUAUUGUAUUAUUAAUUUCUAUGUGAAAGACACAUACUGCAUGUCACCAAUUUUUCUUUUCUGCUUAAAUUUGUUUGGAAGGAAUCAGCUUCUCUCCACUUCUAGCUUUUCCUCCCUAGAUAUGAAAGACAUAUACUUCUUGCUCUGAGCUUCCAAAUCCCCCUUAACUGCAUUUUUUACCGGUCUAGUUAAGUAAUAUUUCAUCUUAAAUUCACAGUAAAGUCCCAACUUGAGGUCACUUUUCCAGCUAUGUUUCUCUUCCCUGAUGUGAACUACUCUCAAUGGAAAAAAAGAAAGAGAAACUCUUCUGUCAGCCUUUUUUCUUUGAGUGCCUGAAUGGGUCCAUUUGGGGUUCUGGGCUGAACCAACUGAGCACAUUAUUGGUUGGGGUCCUCUGUACUCUAAAUGCUUGGGAACCACAGGUCUGGGGAGUACACAGUUGUCUGGGCUGACAGUCCCGGUCUUGUAGUGAACUGCACUCACUACAAUUUAAGUUUCUGGUGUCACUUGUGCUUGUAUAUGCCUGCAAUAAACCUUGCUAUGCUC